AUGUCGCCAUCCAUAUUUACACCGCAAAACAAUCAAAAGUUGACCAACGUAGCUGUGGUGCGGCUUCGAUGUAACGGAGUUCGCUUCGAAAUUGCGUGUUAUAAGAACAAGUUGCAGGACUAUAGAAAUAAUCCCGUUUCCACGCCGCUUUCCGAAGUCCUACAAAGCGACCAGGUUUUCCUCAACGUUUCCAAAGGGCUUCUUGCCAAAGCACAAGAUUUGCAGCGUGCUUUUGGUAGUACCGACAGCACUAUCGCUAUCAGAGAGCCUGAUAAUCCUUAUGAUUUUUCCGCCUCUAAUUUCAAGAUCCUUGAUCGGGGAGAAGGGCAGGUUGGCGCUGCAGAGCGUUCGCAUCUAACUGAAAGUAUGCGGCGAGAUAUUGCUGUCAUCAUCGCAGAGAAGACACUGAAUCCAGAGAACGGACGCCCAUACACUCCCUCUAUGAUCGAGCGUGUGCUGGUGAACGAUGUCCAUCUGUCUAUCCGUACGGACGAUACGGCCAAGCAGCAGGUAUGCUAUCGUAUUCCCACUGAUUACAGGCGUUGGAGAUAA